AGAGAGAGAGAGAGAGAAUGAGAAUGAGAGAGUGAUGAUGGCGGAGGAAGAUCGGCGCUGAGCGGAUCUUUAUAUAAUUGCGUCCACUGCAUUUAUUGUAAUUACAAAACAUAAUCGACCUGCUCGCUAGAUCCAACCAUGGGUAACGAGGCGAGCCUGGAGGGCGGUGAAGGCGCCACCAUGGUGGGGAUGUCGGUUUCAGCACCGCCGAACUCUGGACAGCUCCUGAAGCCCGUCAAUGGCGCAGCGGCCGGCGCAGGAGCAGUCCUCGAACCCUCGAACGCGGGGAUGAGCAGGAUGGCUAGAGGGGGAGGCCUACCAUCAAGCCCAGAAUUAGGCUACGGAACUGGUAGUGAUCGAGGGCCAAGUGGUGACUUUGGCAUUCAAUCAAGUGGAAACCCUUACAAAAAGCUAGUUCAUGAUGGACCAAGACAUUCCCAGACUGGUUCUACACAUCAAAUUCAAGCUUCAUCAGGGGGCAUGGGAACCACCCAAAGCCCUGGACAACAUGCCUCCAGACGCAACCUCCAGGUGGACUUCAGCAGCAGCAGUGUGCAAACAGGCCUCUCACCAUCAGUAUCUCCUGAUAGAGCCAGUGCACCAACUUCACCAUACUCGGUACCCCAGAUUGCGCCAAUGCCUAGCAGUAAGCUCUGUCCAGUUUGCAAUACUACAGAGCUGACAAAUGUUGAUGGGUCAUCAAACUUUAACAAGUGUACGCAGUGCCACACAACAGUGUGCAAGCAGUGUGGUUUCAACCCCAACCCACACCUUGCAGGGGUCAAGGAGUGGCUCUGUUUAAACUGCCAGAUGCAGCUGGCUUUGGGAAUGGAUAUGACUACACCACGUUCCAAGAGUCAGCAGCAGAUACAUUCUCCUUCUCAUCAACCUAUGGCUGACCCCAUACCCAAGAUCCAACCCUCAGCUCAGCCCACACCUCAGCUACAAACCCAAAUGCAGACACAGAUGACAGUUCAGCCUCAGACUCAAACUCAAGCUUUCUAUGGGAUCCAGAAACAGAUGGGUCCUACUGGACCUAACCAGACUGCACUUCACACUGGUCUCCAAACAAAAAAAGAACAACCACAAGCAGGAAAUUUACAAGCAGGUUCCCAGUCAGGGUCCAAGGAUUCCCAGAGGUGGCGAGGGGAGGUAUUGGGACCAAAAUGUCCAGAAAGGGUGGCCCAAACAGGACGCAUUCCUCAUCCAGGGGCAGUGCCUUUACCUGGCUUAGCAAAGGCACAAUCACAGUCUGAUCUGGGGCACAGCACUCCAGUACAGUUAGGAGGUCAACCUGAUAAGGCCCGAAGUCUUGGAAACUCCCCAGCUCAUCACCCACCAUCCCACGAGGCACCUCAAGAUGGUUUAACUAAGCUAUUUGGUUUUGGGGCAUCUCUUCUAAAUCAGGCAAGCACCCUUAUUUCUGUUGAUCCUCUUCCUGGAUCCUCAUCGCACCCCUCGCCUGUCCGUAACCAGAGUGCCCAAGGGACAAAGGUGAUCUUUAGUGAUGCUAAUGCUGGAGCUAGUUCUAAAACUACAGCAGGACCACCUGGCACUGCCAAAACAGGCCCAGACGGAGUUACAUUCCCCAAAGGCCCUGGAGCCCCUCUCCAAAAACAGCCUCUGCAGCAGUCACCAGUGCACCAUCAAAAACAGCAGUCACCGACACACCAUCAAACAACACCACAGAAGCAGCCACCACAGCAGCAGCCUCCACCUCAGCCAGUUAGUCAGAAACCAGAUGUUACAUGCCCAUUAUGCAAAACUACGUUCAAUGUUGGAACAACAGAACCACCUAACCACAGGUCUUGCACCCAGUGUCAUACAGAGGUGUGCAAUCUUUGUGGUUUCAAUCCCACACCACAUCUGCUGGAGAAGAAAGAAUGGCUCUGUCUCAACUGUCAGACUCAGAGACUGAUGUCUGGUGGCCUUGAUCCUCUUCCAGUUCUACCUUCAUCACCCAACUGUCAACCAGUGGGUUCAUCUCAGCAUCAACAGCUUUCCAGCAAGCAGCAGCAAGGGCUUCAGACAAUGUCAUCACAGCAGAAACCUCCUAUUUAUCAACAGAGUGGUUUCUCUUCCCCCAUAGUCAGACCAGCAAGCAAUAUAAAAACUUCUACACAGUCUGCUACAGCUACAAAACCUCCUGUGUCUACCACUACUGCAUUUACUGGCGAAGAAGAGAGAAAGGAAAUUGCACACAAAUUAGAUAAAGGGCCUGACCCUGACAAUAGAGACAAUAUACUAACUCAAAAGAGAGGAACAACAGAGUCAAUCCAGACACCUUCUAAAGAUGAAAAGAAAGAAUUACAAAGUGUUACCAAAUACUAUGAGGAAACCAGCAAGACAAACAGCAAUAAUGAUCUAUCACGAAGUCCACAGAGUUUGAGUGAUACUGGCUAUUCCUCUGAUGGGAUCUCCAGUUCCCAUAGUGAAAUUACUGGACUUAUACAGGAGGAAGAGCUAAAAAUGAACAAGAAAUGUCUGACUGGGCACCAUACACCACCAAGUCCAUCUGAGCUGAUUAAGCUGGAGAGCUCCAUGCGACCCCUUCUACAGUUUAAAUUUUCAUCUGAAGGGGAAAGAGCACAGGACAAAAAGCGUGGAAAACAGCAACAAGGUGAAAUCAGGAAACACCAGUCUCGCUCAAUAUCAAUUAGUCCAGAGGAAUAUGACUCAGAUGAGGACUUUGAAGGCAUUAUGGAAGAGGAGCAAUAUCCAACUGAAGAAGAGCUUAGAGUAAUUCCUGCUUUAGGGAGUAACAGUGGCCAUAAAAAAAUAACUUUAGAAUCUGAAGAGAUUACUGAUGAGGAGUUUAUGAGAAGGCAAAUUAUGGAGAUGAGUGCUGAUGAGGAUAAUGGGGAUGAGGAUGAAGAAGAGGAAAUGGAAGAAGAUGAGGAGCAUGAAGGCUACGGCUACAAAAAGCUUAAAAAAACAAUAAAGGACAUCAGUGACUCAGGAAAAGAAAAGCGACGUCUCACUUAUCACUCUAGUAGCUUUGAGGAGGAUAGUAAAACAGCUAGUGAUGUGUACAAAGGAUCAGCUGAAGAGGACCUCAUGGCCUCGCAAGGAAGCUUACGCAGAUUCAAGACCAUAGAAUUGAACAACACUAACAGUUAUAGCCGAGACAUGGAAUUAAACAAUGACCUGUGUCUAGACCGAGAGCCUGAGCUAGAGAUGGAAAGCCUCACUGGUUCUCCUGAAGAACAGUCAAGAGGGGAAUAUUCCUCCACCCUCCCACCAAGCACCUCUAGCUAUACCUCAGGAAUAUCCCCAACUUCCAUAUCUUCCAUGGAAGAUGACAGUGACAGUAGUCCUAGUCGAAGGCAGCGGCUGGAGGAGGUGAAGCAGCAGAGGAAGGCCAGACAUCGCUCCCAUGGCCCUCUACUACCUACCAUUGAGGAUUCCUCAGAAGAAGAUGAAUUGAGGGAAGAAGAAGAACUUCUAAGGGAGCAGGAAAAGAUGAGAGAAGUGGAGCAGCAGAGAAUACGAAGCACUGUCCGGAAAACAAAACGGGACAAAGAGGAGCUAAGAGCACAAAGACGCAGAGAACGAUCCAAGACUCCCCCCAGCAAUCUAUCCCCCAUUGAGGAUGCUUCUCCAACAGAGGAGCUAAGACAAGCAGCCGAGAUGGAGGAACUUCACCGGUCCUCUUGCUCAGAAUACUCUCCUUCAGCUGACUCAGAUGCUGAGGGCUAUGAAAUUUCAUCAAAGCUGUAUAAAUCUGGAAGUGAGUACAACCUACCAACCUUUAUGUCACUUUAUUCUCCUACUGAAAAACCACAAACUACAUCAUCUGCAGCUGCAACAUCCGCUAGUGGCAAACAAUUAAAAAGUGCAGAGGAAGUAUAUGAAGAAAUGAUGAGGAAAGCAGAGAUGUUGCAGAAACAACAAAAGCAGCAGACACAACAGCAAUUAGGCUCAGGCCUGAUUUUACAACAGUACAGUACAAACAACUAUCAAGAAUCAGACAUUAGAAAUAGACAAGAUAUUGAAGAUGAAUUUGAUUAUUCUGAUCAAGAUGAUAUCCACUAUGAGAAUGAGGAGACAGUUGAUAUCUAUGAAGAGAUCCGCCAAACCUCACAAAACAUUUCAAAACAGCUUGAUGACCAAAUGGAGAUUGAUGUGCCCUAUUCAGAAAAGCAGUUACUAGACACAGGCUCAGCCUUUGCUAAGUUGCUGGAACAAAGCAAUGCUUUACUGACUCCUGGCACAAGCCCCACCCAGCUCUCAGCACCAGUAUCAUUUUCUGAACCUGGAACAGGAGGGCGGAUACCUGAUGUCAGAGUAACCCAACAUUUUUCAAAAGAUUGGCCCAAAGAUAGGCUUAGAAAUCAACCUGGUAAAAAUGGUAUUACACCAACAGUUGCUGGUACAACUAUUGCUGCUUAUGGAGUGUAUGCCAGGGAUACUGUCACUGUCUCUCAAACUAGUGCCAGUCAAACAGUGUCCACCACACAACCCAACUUAUAUGGUCAGCAAAUUACAACCACUGCUGGUGUUUCAAAUGUGUCUCGCAAAAUAGCUGCAAUCACUCAGGCAUACAACCAAAGAGAAAUUGCUGCAAGGAAAAUGGCAAUCAACAAAGGAGUCCAAAUGAGGGAUAAUUCAAUUGAUAGUUCAACAUCAUCAGAAACUAUAAUUGAAUCUGGCCCAGGUUCAAUUAGGUGCCAUACUAACCAUGAAAGAAGUCCCCCUCUUUCUCCCACUUCAUCUUCUCUUCAUAGUCCAACAAGAUCCAUGUCUAGGAGAUCAGCUGAGCUUUCAACUCAAACAUUUAGCCCUUCAAUGUUAGCUUCCUCAGGGAAUGCUUUUCAUACUUCUUCGGUUAUAGCACAGGCCACUCAGACGUCACAUGGGGUUGUUUCACCAUGCCUUUUUAGACAGCAGUCUUCUCAAGAUACAUAUUUUAAGGCUAGAACAGAAGAGUUUGAGCCCACUAGUCCACCAAAGCCAGUUACAGUUAACACAGCAACAUCUCCUUUAUCUUCACCAACAAGAUUUAGCCGCCAAUCAACAUUUGAUGUCUACUCACCUCCUGUCAGCCCUCCUGACACUCCACCACAUCAAUUAUCACCCCAACAUGGUUUAUACAAGAACUAUAGAGCUGAAAAAGUUCAUGUUGGAACUAGCAUGGUCACAAAUACUAGCAUGUAUACACGUGGAUCACUGUCAAUGGAAAACAUAUCACUUUGUCGGAUUUCGACAGUUCCUGGUACUUCAAGAAUUGAGCAAGGACAAAGGUUGCGGAGUGGAAGUGUAGUAGAUCUACAAACUGGAAUAAAGCCAACACCAAUUAUUGUAACUGACCAAGGAAUGGACUUGACUUCUUUAGCCACAGAAUCUCAAAAAUAUUCUGGGUCUGUUGAAGGAAGCCCUGUUCGUCAAUCCACAACUAUACAGCCCUUAAUAAUUAACCUGAAUACACAGGAGCAGCUGCAUGUUGUGACAUCAACAGCAACAACUGUCAGUGUUACUGUAGCUGCAUCUAUGUUCAUGUCCCAGCCUAAGCACCCUGUACUGUACUGUGAUCAUCUUGAAAACAGAUUUGAUUUGGGCAAAGAAAUGGGAACAGUAGUUUGCCUGACACCAAAUGAGCCACCACCAAUUGAUCCAUCCAUACCAAAGAUUGAUGCUAAGCUUGAAGACCUGAGUAUCCAGCAGGAGCAGUUACUUAAACAGCAGCAGAAGCUUCAACAGCAACAACAGCUUCUUGAGCAGCAGCUUCAGCAACAUCACCAGCUUCAACAACAAGCUUCCUCUUUUGCAAAGUUGAACUUGUCUAGCCAACUACCUCUAUUCAAAAAGGAUAUACUUGUCACUAAAAAAAGCACUGCCACAGAGGUUAAUGUCAUCUCGCCAGGUAUGACAUCUGAGGUGUAUAGUGUUGGAGGUCCACUUGAGUUAAGGGGAAAGCAAGCAGAAACAGGUUUCAUCAGUCUAACAAACGUCAAGCCUCAGGUGAUGAUGGUCCAGAUAGAUGGUGCUGCACAAGGAGCUACUACAACACAACUAAUCAAAUCAGAUGAAGGCCAGGAUGCAAUGAAUUUAACGGGGCAAAUAAAAUCAGAAAAUCAAGUAACUUGUUGUGAUAUGGUAUAUAACCUGCCCUUUGGUGGCAGCUGUGUGGGUAGUCCAUUCUCCCAGAAACCAGUUACAGAUGACGCUUUUAAGCCAUCGUCAAGAGCACAUUCCUCACUAUCGCAACUUUAUCAGCAGCAUGGUUUACAGCAAGAUGGACAGACAUACCAAGAUUACACAAUUAAAUCAUACACACUGCCUCUCCCUGGACGACUACUACCAUCGAUGUCUGAAACUAACCUUGCAGAUGCAGGGCUGUCAUCAGAUUCAGCAAAGCUUGAUCCCCAUUUUAAUGCCUCUGGGGAAUUAUUCACACAUUCAGACACAAUAAAUGAUGGGUAUGAUGGAGGGUACCUUGGUUUGGGACUUCAGUAUGGCUCCUACACAGAUCUUCGUCAGGGUGAUGUUUCAGAUCUUCCAAUUAGAAGGUAUAGCUCCCUGACCAACAUCAGCUCAGAUUAUGGGUAUUUCUCAGGUGAUUUUGCAGAAUCUAAUCUUGCCCAAUACAGUGCUACAACUGCCAGGGAGAUAAGUCGCAUGUGUGCAGCCCUUAACUCCAUAGAUAGAUAUAAUAGUAACCCUGACAUACUACAGCUGGGCACCAGAAGUAGCAGUGGACCACCUAGUAGAAUUAAUCUGCCCCAAAGUCACAGACCUGGUUUAAAGUACAGCCCAGAUGGAAAGCCUCGUUCCCACAGUCAAGCACUGGCUGAUUUAAUCAAUGCAAGACAAGCCAGUCUUCGAGCUAUGUAUCCAUCAGCUAUUAGAUCAGCUGACGGCAUGAUCUAUUCAACUAUAAAAACACCAAUUGCAUCAACAGUUCCAAUUACUACGCAGCCUGCUUCUGUGCUACGGCCUUUAUUAAGAGGGGUAUACAGACCCUAUCCUACACCAAAUAUGACACCAAUAACUCUGGCAAACCUAACCAGAUUGCCACUAGCUCAAAGGACUGGGCAGGCAACUUUGCAAUGUUCUACACCCAAUCCUCUCCCUGUUGUGACAUCUACCAAAGUUUUUGAGUCUCCCGCUAUCACAACAGUCCAAGAUGCUCCAUUGUACCUUGGUAAGUCUCCAGUAAGUCUAACAGUAGCUGGAACAGUUACACAACCAAUUCAGCCUUCUUCUGUACUUUCUGGUCCUAUGACAGCAGCACCUAUUUCAACACCAAUUGGCAUGGCAAUGAGCCAACCUGAUAUCCAGUUGCAACCAAUAAAUCUAUCUCAGCCCCACCAUCAGGCCAACUCCACUGCCCAGCCUCCUGUACAACAUCAACUACCACAAUCAAAAUCAUCUGCUCAGUCAUACCCUCCAGUGCAGGGUCAUCUUAUUGUUCCUAAAACACAGCCACCCCCAUCAUCUCAAGCUGCUACUAUCAGAAGUAUUGCUCUAAACCAAGAGAAAGAAACAGAGGAAAGACUGCAUCAACAGCAGGAACAGCUUUUGCAGCUUGAGAGAGAAAGAGUGGAACUGGAAAAAAUGAGACAGCUAAGGCUUCAGGAGGAGCUUGAGCAGGAGCGUGCAGAGUUGCAGAGGCACAGAGAAAAAGAGCAGAUGCUUGUGCAGCGAGAAAUUCAGGAAUUGCAGAAUAUAAAGCAACAUGUUUUGCAGCAACAACAAACUGAGAGAGAAAGCCAGUUGGUCCUACAGAGAGAGCAACUAGCUCAACAAAAACAGCAGCUUGACCAGAUACAAUCUUUGCAACAACAGUUACAACAGCAGCUUGAAGAACAAAAGAGACAAAAGACUGCCACAGCUAUUGGUGCAACCAGUGCAAAUCCUCAAAUUCACAGUGAUCAAUCUGGCAGAAUUAUUCAGCCACGGGAAUUGGCAACUGAUAUUAUGUAUGGUGAUGUUCAGGUUUUCUUAAGACAACUACCAAAUUCUACAUCAGAGAUAUGCUUGAGAAAUAGAGAAGAUCAGACAGAAAUCAUGUCCAUGCGUAAACAAAGAUCAAUGCCUCGACUGCAAGAUGGAAAUGAGGGAGAAGUGACAAUGUUCCCCUUGCCCCAAAGGCUUGUAGACUGCAGUGUGCAAACUGAUGAUGAAGAUGGGGGUAAGAGCACCUGCGGUUACCAAGCACAAGGGGCACAUACGCAUGGCCGGGUAGUGGGAAGCAGUAGCAUGGGUGGGGGAUCAUCAUAUCACUAUGAUGACUGCAGUCACUCAACUCCUACAUGGGCAGCCCAGAGGCACUCCUCAAAGAACCUGUGUCCUUCAGUCGUCAUGUACUCCAGGAGGAGCAAACAUCGUAAACAAGGCAAUGAGCAGAAGACAACCAAGUUUUCCCCAAUUGAGGAAGCUCAUGAUGUGGAGGCUGAUCUGGCCACUUACACCAUGAGCAACUCUACACCCAGUGGUUAUGGCUCAGGUUCCCAUUACCAUAAACUUCAGGAUGGCAUCUAUGGGCUACGGAGUACUUACAGUCCACAACGGGGCUACUAUAAUGACGAACAUCUCUAUGGCUAUGGCAGGUCCCGUUCAGCUGGUUAUGGCAUGGACAAAAUCUCUCCCUGCGAGAUGGGCUACAGAAGCAGGUCAUAUGAACGGGACCGUAUAGACCGGUCAUACCACAGCAACUAUGGCCACAGUGUGCGCCCUGCUUUACAUUCUCAAAAUUCAGAAAAGGAGAACUCCCACCUCAUGACAAAGCUCAUGAGUGUUGGGAGGGUUUUCGGCUAUUCAUCAAAUUCAUAUGGUUCAAGUCAUUCUCUACCUGAUGUGCAGGACCAUAUUCGAGACCUGCCCCGGACCCAUGUCUACAAACCAGAUGAUAUGUAUAUAAUUGACGAUAUGCAUUGUGCUGUUUCUGACAGCGAAGCAUACCAUCUUGGUCAAGAGGAAACAGACUGGUUUGAGAAGCCACAUGAUGUCCGUGGUUCACGUCACUACAGCAGCAGUGGUCAUUCUGGGAGGCAAGGCCAUGUCAAGCACACAUACCAUGAUUAUGAUGAGCCACCAGAAGAUGUUUGGCCACAAGAUGAUUAUGGACAUACCCGCUACAUUUCCUCUCGAGAGCACCGCCAUCACAGCAAUGGAAGUUCCGGUAGGCACUCCUCACGCCACUUGGAUGAGCCUCGUUCCUCUCGAUCAUCACGUUCCUCAAAGGAUCCAUCCAUGCGACAUGACUCCCACUCCUUGUCAUCUUCAGGGAGGAGGGGAGAAUCUCGUUCUCAGGGUUACCACUCCUCAGAUUAUUCCCGUGACAUCUCAGGACACCACCAUAGCUCCCGCUCUGGUAAACAGUCCUCCCACCAUCAAGGGUCCUCCAGCAGGAAGCAACAGGACCACCCCUCAUCAUCCAGACAGCCAGGAUCACUUGGGCCUGGACAGAAGGGAGCAGGUGGACCUUCAAGUUCAAGCAGGCAAGCUGUCUCUCAGCCACCUGUUGAUGGGCAGCAAGGUCAGCGAACACAGCUUCAGCAGCAGGCACAGAUAUCAGCUGCCAGGCCAGGCUCUCAGACAUCUGCCACAGGCACAACACAACCACAAUUAGUACAAGCCCAGCAACUGCAAGCUAAACCUGGCCAGACCGGUCCAAUACCUCGACAACCCACCUCAGCAGCACAGACAUCACCAGCUGUAACUAAGUCAGACCCCACCCCUGUCACUGCUAUUGGAGCAAAAGCGGUCCCCAGCCAACCUGCCAAAAUAGCCCAACCUCCACUUACCGGAAUAGGCUCCAAAGCAGCCCCAAGGCCUAGUGGAAUUGGCAGUGCAGCUGCAGGUCAGUCGGGUGUAGACGGAGAGAGCAUGCUGUCUAAAAUGUUGCCUGGAGGAGCUGCAGAGCAAGCUGGCAAAUUAGGAGAAGCCAUAUCUGGAUUUGGCAAGAAGUUCACCUCCUUGUGGUGAGGUAGUACAAUUAAAGGGAGUCUAAAAUGAAAGAGGAUGAUUUUGUACCGGAAAAACCUAUGAAGUUUCCCUAUUAUGUUUUAAUUUAAAGAGAAGACAACUCGAGAAAGAAAGCGAGAGGGGAGAAGCCUUCUAGUUGUUCUAAUUAUUUGGGAAAUCUGUAUCUGUGUUCUAACCGAACAGCAUGGCCAAAGAUAUUAACAGCCAACUUUGAGCUUGACAGCUCCAAACGACUUCCUCCUGGCCAACAGAACACAGUACAUGAAGGCAGCGGAGAGCGAUGACUCCAGUCGCACAAUAUCAACAAACUAAACAGGUCAAUCAAUGUAACUUGAUAAAGUACAUCUUUAAAUCUGAAAACUCUGAAAACAAGCUGACAUGUUCUCGUUAGAAAAGCACAGCGAGUGACUUACAGAGAAGUGUGAUUCCAUGUUUCUCUUGUUACUUGGGAAAUACUUUUCACUCCCCUCUCAGGAAUGGAAGAAAUAGCAAUGUUAGGACACUUAGAAAAACUUCAUAGGUUUUUCCUAAAAGAAAAAAAAGAAGAAAAAAAAGAAAAAUCAUGAACAUGGUAACUAUAACACACACAUCUAUGCUAAGUCCUUUAACUCAACAUUCCAGAAUGAAAAAAAAAAUCCUGUUUGUUUUUGUCUUUUUUCUUUUUCUUGCCAUGUGUUAUAAAAGUGUAAAGUGGACAAGGAAUGCAUGUUAUCCAAGACCUUACACUGUUCACAAUAUCAUUGAGAGACUGACAAAGAGGAUUUCUGCAUUUAUACUCCCGCAGAGACAAAAUAAAGAAGAGGAUGAAAGAUAUUCUAUAACAAGCCCAAACAUAAGACUCAGAUGAUCACUUGGAAUACAAUGUCAGGUUCUGACCAAUCAGGUCUUUUUUAUUCAUUGUCCUUUCCAAAAUAUUAAGAAAUUGCCCUCAGGCUACAGAUGGGGUGUUUUCACAACCAUUACAUGGUGCUGGCGAGUUGGAAUCUUGUGCAUUAUCUUUAUGUUUUGUUUUUCUGUCGUUGCCUUGCUUUGUUUGUAGAGCAUUUAACAUAUUUUUCUAUUCACAAUAUCUAUUUUUUUUUCACA